AUGAAAAAUGGGAAGAUUACUCAAUGUGGAAAGUAUGCUGAUCUGCUUAAUAAUGGAACUGAUUUUAUGGAACUUGUUGAUUUUCCUAUUUCUCAUAGUGGAGUAAAAGAAGAGGAAAAGAAAGAUGAGCAAAAUGAUAAAAUUGGUAACAAAGGUGAUGAGGCAAAAGGCCAACUUGUUCAAGCAGAAGAAAGAGAGAGUGGUAGAGUUGAAUUUUCAGUGUAUUGGCAAUAUAUCACUAUGGUAUAUGGAGGUGCUCUUGUUCCUUUCAUUCUGUUGGCUCAUACUCUCUUCCAAGUUCUCCAAAUUGGAAGUAACUAUUGGAUGGCUUGGGCAACACCAAUCUCACAAGAUGUUGAGCCACCUGUUUCUGGAACAACUCUUAUAGCAGGCUAUAUUGCUUUGGCUGUAGGGAGUUCCUUCUGCAUUCUUGCAAGGACAACACUAGUUGCUAUUUCAGGGGCCACAACAGGAGACUCUACUGGUCUGGAACUCAACUCAGACUUUUCGUUACUUGUAGAUGCACAAACCGGGCUAUCGGAACCACGAUAA